UUUUUACUCGUGAAACACACUUUCAUUUCAGGUUAACCAAGGAAUUACAGUAUAUGGAAACAAAGGAAGCACAGAUCAGCAUGCCUACAUUCAGCAACUUAGAGAAGGGGUACAUAAUUUCUUUGUUACUUUCAUUGAAGUCUUGCGGGACCGACCCCCAGCUCAUGAUUGGGAGCUUGAACCAGGAGUUACAUGUGGUGACUACCUAUUUGGAAUGCUUCAGGGCACACGCUCCGCCCUUUAUGCCAAUGAUAGGGAAUCCAUUACAGUUACCGUGCAAGAAGUGAACCCAAGAUCCGUAGGGGCACUCAUUGCUCUUUAUGAACGAGCUGUUGGGAUCUAUGCAUCUCUAGUCAACAUUAAUGCUUAUCAUCAACCUGGUGUAGAGGCUGGCAAGAAGGCUGCCGGAGAAGUAUUGGUUCUUCAGAAGAGGGUUCUAGCUGUUCUAAACGAGGCCAGCUGUAAAGAACCAGCAGAACCUUUGACAGUUGAUGAAAUUGCUGAUCGAUGCCAUGAACCUGAGCAGAUUGAAAUGAUAUACAAGAUAAUUGCACACAUGGCAGCUAACGACAGAGCUAUAAUAGCUGAAGGCAACUGUGGGUCGCCUCGAAGCAUUAAGGUCUUCCUUGUCGAAUGCAAUGUGGAUGAGUUGUUUUCCUAAAGCUUUCUUCGCUGAUAUACAGCUUCACGAAUGUUGUCAUAAGUAACUAUUUUCUUAGAAUAAUUGGGAGAUGUUGUCUUCACCCUUUGAGGAUUUGGAAGAAUAAAGUUACAGCUCAUGCUUGUUUAUUUUACUUGUCCGGAGAUCUUUGCAAGUCUUUAAUUAUCAAAAGAAAAAUAUAUAUACUAUGUUUUUAUUCAUGGAUAUUGUUAGUAAUCGUACACUGUUUUAUUAUAAUGGAAUGCUAUUUCUGUUGGGUAUUGUGCCCUGAAAAUUAA